AUAUUAAACAAUUUAUUAUCUUAUUAAAAAGAGUUUUCAUAUUGAUUACAACAUAUUCAGCAGUUUAAGUUUUAAGUUUUACCUCAAUCAAAAUCGUCAUCCCCGGCUAGAAAUAAGGAUAAAUGUGGCAGACAUGUUAUACCCCAAGUCAAAUUUGGAAGUGACAUUGUAACAGACACAAAGGCCAAUACUCAUCUAAACGAGAACAACCAAGUUCACCAUUAUGUGCGUCACAGGAUGUAGCGGUUUAACAAACAUCAAUUCCUUUACCAAACGUGCCCUUGACGUAGGUUUUCAAACCCCAAUAUAAUGCAAUCCAAACCCAAACUCCUUUUACUUAAACUCAAUAGAUUGUGAUUGUGAUUGUGAGAGAUGGGGAACCAAGUCUCACUUCGUCCCUCAGAUGGCAGGGGCAAAAUCGUGUGGUGGGACGGUUCCGUGCAUGAAAUUGAGCAAUCGGUGACGGUGGCGGAGCUGAUGCUGGAGCACCCGGAACAGGUGGUGGUUGAGUUGCAUUCGGCGGUGAACCAGAAACGGCCGACGCCAUUGCCGGCUGAUAACAAGUUAGAAACAAACAAGGCGUAUCUGAUGAUUCCCGUGAAGCGAGGGAAGCCCGUUGGGUUAAGCGGGGAAGAAACCCGACGCAUUCUCUUCAUCCUUAAUUCUGCUCUGCAUUCAAAGUCUCUUGUGGGGUCCUCAAAGUUUGUUCCUUGGCUUACGCGUUUGUGCCAGAACACUACAAUUGUGGAACCGGGGAGAAAGGAAGAGGAAAGAGAGAAGAACGAAGAGAGGUGUCAGUUUUCGGAGCUUCUGCCGGAAAUUCUAGAAGCCAGGCCGGAGUAUUUGAAUCGGCAGUUGUCGGGAAAAGGGUGGAAACCUACUUUGGACACCAUUAAGGAGAAGAACAUUGACAGAAAACACACUCAUUGGUUGUUCCUCAGGACUUUCUAGUCCUAACUUUUGUCUCCACUUUUUUUAACUCUUUAGUUUCGGUUGUAGUUUCAUUUCGAUGAUCUAGUCAAAAUUUGCAGAGAUGGUUAAAUAGAUUAUCGAAAUCAAACUCUCGUACUUGUUAAAACUGUUUUUGUUUUUUAGCAUAGUUAAUCAGUGAAAAAAUGUUGUGGUGCCUUUACGCCGUUAUGUAUUCUGUGACAGGAUACCUUGCUACCCAAUCAAAUCGUGUUACAUACAAAGCUCAGGGUUGUAAUUUUGUUCACAUCAAUGUAGAGUUAAUAUAUGGAAAGGAAUUAAAGUUCUU